CAAAAAUAAAUAAAAAUAAUAUUAUUAAAAAAUAUCGAAAUCAAUAUUUAUAUAUACGUAAAAAAAUUAUUUGUUCAUAAUAAUAAUAUAGUCUGAUGAUGGAACCUGUUUUUUCAAGACAAUGUCAUCAGUGAAGAUUUAUAAAUUUUACAUCAACAAGGUCACAUAUUCUUAGAAAAUUAAAAAAAAAUAUAUAUGUUUUUUUUUAUGUUCAAUUGACUAUUAAUAUGCUUACUAAUUUUAUUUAUAAACUUUUUGCUUGGAGUUUUAAAAUUUUGUAUUCUAAGUAAAACAGGUUUCCUCAUUGUUGCAGUCAGAUGUUAAAACAAAUAAAAUUAAUUUUAUUUACAUAAUAAAUUUGCAGGCACUUAAAGUUUACAUUAUAAUAUAUUUAUCGACGAUAAAAGUAAAUAAGGAAAAAAAAAAUAAUUGAGUUUAAUUUAUUGUCUCUCCCACCUAUUAAUCAUAGACACUUGGAGAAGUAUAAAUAGAGAGUAUCACUUUCUUCAAUAUUAUAUUUGUAUUGAGUUUAAUCUAAACUCAUGAUGGAUCGAAAUACUAGCUAUAUAGUUUUCGUAAUAAUUUUUACAAGUUACGUUACAAAUGCAACUGAAACAGUUUGUGAUAAAAGUACAUGUCAAGGUCCACUCAAGCAUUAUGAGUCAAUAGGUUGUAAACCAGUUUAUCACAAAGAAGAUGAUUGUUGCGCUUACAAAUAUAAUUGUGAUCAUAUAAAUGAUCGUAAAGUUGAUAAAUGUUAUCUAGCAGGACAUGAAUAUAAUAUCAGAGAAAAAAUUAGAGAAGAGGAUCGUAAUCCAUGUGAUAUUGGAUGUACUUGUUUAAAGACAGAUAGAGGAGCAACAUUCAAUUGUGCUAUUGUUGAUUGUUUUUCUCGUGCAGGUCCUGGAUGUUAUAAUCGCAGAAAUGCUACACAAUGUUGUCCUGGAAAAUCAAUAUGUCCUAAGACACCAGAAGAACGACCAACUUGUGAAGUCAAUGGAAAAGUUUAUUUAGAUGGUCAAUAUUUUAAAUUUGAAAAUGCAAAUUGCUAUUGUGGUCCAGGCUGGUCUGGUAAAAAUAUUGCACCUUUUUGUCAUACUCCAACACAAGAUACAUGUGGUGUAGAACGUCGUCGUGGCAUUGAAAUUAAAAAUUAUUGUGCACCAGUAUAUUAUCAUGGUCAAAAUCUUCAAACAAGUUGUAGUGUAGCAUUUCGAUGUGAAAACUCUCGUGAUGUAAUUAUCAAGAAUGAGGAAGAAAAAAUUAAUGAAAAUAACGAUUCAAAGUAUCAUGAUUCCGAAUUGAAAUGUAAAUUUGGAAAUAUGACAUUGGACAUUGGUGAUACACUGAAACCAGCAACUGACUACAGCUCAGUUUGUGUAGAAUGUACCUGUGAAGUUCCACCUUUAUUAACUUGUCAGGAACUUUCCCAUGAAAAAUGUGAUUUUAGUAAACACGAAGAUUUUUCAAAAUACAGAUCUUAAAUAUUAUAUAAGCAUAUUGUGAACAUUCCACUUGAAUAAAUUUAUAAUUUUUAACUUGAGUAA